UAUGAAACUGCAGGUUCAGAACGACCAGCUGUGGGUUUGGAUCAGAGUGCUCGCUGGUUUGGAUCAACAAUCAGCUCAAAACACCAAGCAGAAAGCUCAGAACAAAGCUUAAAAACAAUGAGAAUUCUCGGAAUAACCAGCAGCAAGACCCUAAAGUCUAAACACCAACAAUGAAUGCUAGAAGAACCACAUUUCCAACCAAAGUCUGAUUUUAGCAGUGUUACUAACUACAAACUAACAUAUGGCUCUUUAGCAAUACCCGGAAAGAUAAAGUCUGCUAUAAAAUAAAGCACUAUCAGAACUGCAACAGUAUUCAAAUUCAACAUGUGGCAGGGAGGUGUGUGUCUAGUGGUACUGAUGGCGAUGUUCUCGUCUUCCGAGGCGUUUGUCAAGAUGGUUGCCAUUCCGGUGAUCUACACCAACGGUAACGGAGGCGGCCAAGAUGAGUUAGAGGUCCCAGCUAGUGGAGACGGCUACAGGAUGUUUGAGACCGCAAACACUGUCUGCGCAGCUUGGUGGGUCCCCUUCGACAACAUCCCAGACCUAUCAGCUAUCCAUCUGAUAGAGGUGGAGCCCAGCGGAACUAAAGUGCAACUUCACGUCAGAGGGAUUGCGCGAAGCGGACGAGUCCGUAUUAAAAUAUACGCAUUCAUAUGUGGUUGAAUGUUUGGAAAUGAUGUACAAGUUGAACUGUAAUAAAUUUGAAUGAAAAUUGA